ACAGUCAGUGCUUUGGGGCCAUCAGCAAGAAGCAGGAUUGUACGGUAUAUAUCCUGCGUCGUCGCGUCCACCACUCACACAAAGAAAAAAAAAAUCAAAUCAAAUCGAAUCAAAUAAUACCAAACAAAAAAAUAGAAAGAAAAGAAAAGAAAAGCACCCCAGAGGACCACAUCAAAUGUCUUCGUGUUAGCCGCAAGUGAAGAAAUCAAAGUGCAAAUCCCCCGGAAUGUGUACGGGAAAUGGAAUAAAAUAUAAUUUCUAAAUAAUUAUGUGAGCCCAAAACCAAUUCAACGAAGCAACCGAAUUUCCACAAAUUUCCAAUUUCAAGGUUAAUGUGCAGCCCCAACAACAAAAAUAACAACAAUAACAACAACAACAACAACAAAAGCAACAAUAACAACACCAUCAAUAACAGCUGCAAUACCCAUAACCCAUAAGCUACAUAUCUAAUGAAAUUCCACAAAUAGUCCACAGUCCCCAAAGUAAAAUACAGUGCAAGAAAACGUGUGAAAAGUAUAUGAAAAGUUCCAAAAUAUAUUUGUGUCAAACAUGAGCCGAGGAUACCCCCCAUACCAAAUAACCCCUGCAGCCGAGGUUAACUGAAUGCGAUCCAGCGGCCUGGAGAGCAGCGGGACUUAGCUUAGGGGUCACUGUUCGGGCAGUUCGGAGUCUUGAGGAGAGCUCAGCCAGGUCAGGAUUCAUGCCUCUAGCAGCAGCAGUCAGAGCCGAAGUAGCAGCAGCAGAAGAACCAGGUGCAGGAGCAGGAGCAGGAGCAAGGAGCAGAUCUGUUCAGCAGGCACUGAAACUGGCGUCGGAUCGGGAUACGGAUACGGAUCAGGAGCAGCAGCAGCAGCAGCAGCAGCGGCCGCAGCUGGAUCUGAGCACACCAAAUCCGAAUCCCACACUUCUGAUGAUGAUGGGGCCAUGAGCCCAUCAUUACUCGCAUUGAAUUGGAGUCGCAAGCGCGUCUCAAGCGGGCCUGCACCAUGCUAGAACCGCCGAACCCGAGGUCAAUAUGCGGCCAGGACCCGGGCUGGUCGUGAUGGCGCUUGCGUUUAUUUCGGGGGCUCGGCGUGGCAGCAGCAGCAGUAUCAGCUCAACGACGACGACGACGACAGCAUCCACAUCAAUAGGAACAACAUCAGCAGGAGCAGCGGGAGCAGGAGGAACUGGAGCAACUGCAGCAGGCACAGAAGCAGGUGGACCAGGUGGAUGUGGACUGGGAGGAGGUCACAGAGGUGGAGGAGUUGGAACUGCGUUACCGUCCAGAGGCGAGUCGUCGUCAUUCAUUAGCAGCUCUGGCUCAUAUCUGCUGCCCAUCUUUCGGCCCACGCCCCAGGCCAUCUACCAGCUGCCACCCACUUACCAGCACGCCCACGACCACGACGAUCCGCGUGCCCGCACCGAGGCCCUCAGCGCGAGGCUACAGCGUCGAAGGCGACGCGAGCGCAGCCUCAGUAGCGAUAUUGUUGGCAGGGCUGGAGGGACAGGGAGUGGAGCGAGAGCAGGAACGGGGACGGGCACGAGGACUGAGUCCAGCAACGAGGAGGAGGAGACCGAACAGGAGCCAGAGGACAGCGGUCUGCCAGUACAGUAUUCAUCCUCACAAGCGUUAGACGAGGACGAGGACAUCUUUGCCCUUGUGGCCGAUGACGAUUUGCUUUUCGAAGAGUCCUUCGAUCGCUUGAUAAAGCUCAACGAGGACGUGGACGAGGAGGAUAAGCUCACGGAAGAGGAUUACAAUAUCCAGCAGCAGCCACAUCAGCAGCAGCACGAGCCAGUCCAAGAGUUGGAGGCGGAUACCGGGACCGGAUACCAACAGCAGCGGGACGAGAGCAGCCUGAUUGAUGAGAGUGUCCUGCAGCACAGCGACAACAACAGCCCGAAGGAGUUUCCUUCCACCAACAGCAACAGUAAAAGCAACAGCAACAACAAUAAUAACAAUAAGAGAGAAGCUACCGGCAACAUCCUUGAUGUCCAGGCGGCUCAGCUGAUUGGUCACAAGGAUAACAGCUGGUCCGGCGGCGCCUUUAGCGCCACCGCUGCAGUGGCCGUAGCCGGGUCAGCGGCAGCGGCAGCAGAAGCCAGAACAGCAGGAGGCGGGACAGCAAGAUCCCUGCCAGACCCCGUGGAGCUGAAGAAGAGCAUACUCGGCACUGCGUCCUCAUUAACACGCCUUAAUCCUUGGAUAUCAGCCUGUGAUCUGGCACAGCCGGGCACAGGCACCGACUUGCAGGGUCAGUGCUCGGCUGGCACACUGCCCAUGGCCUGGGUCGAUGAGGGACCUGGGCCCCCAACGUGUCCGCGUUCCUGCGCCGAGCAGCAGCAGUCCCCACAGAAACGGACCGCAGCGCGAGAGGGCUUCAUGUCGAAGAGGAGCGUCACCAGUAACAAUAAAGCCAAGUAUUUCGUAAACUAUAAGACAUCCCAGAUGCGCUUGGGUCACAGCAGUCGAGUCAUGUCGCGUGUGCGCAGGGAGCGGUAUCGCAGCGAAGGGGAUCCUCCGGUCACGGACAUCCCCACCACAACAGAGGCCGACCAGGACCUGGAGCUUGAGCUGGGGGAGAGUGCAGCUGCUUUCUCCACCAUGGCCAGCCCCAGCACCGAGGACAUGGAUGCGGCGGCAGCGCCAACGUUGUCCUACAGCCACCUCCAUGCCCAGCCACAGAUUCACCUCGACGCAGCGGACCAGUCGGAGCAGGGGCACGCUGGAGCUGGAGCUGAGGAUGAGCAACAACAGUGCCUUGAUUAUCUGGGCGAUGCCGCCGAGUCGAGUCCGCAGCAUCUGUGCGGCCUGGAGUCACCCGCGGAGCUGCUGAAGCGGCUGCGGACGCUGCGCCUUCGAAACUGCUGCGAGAGGAGUGUGUUCAGCGCUCUGCACACGCUGGCCCUCAACGCCACCCUGUCGGACCGAGGCGAGUGCGUCCGCAUCCUCAGCGACCUGCUGGACGUGGAUGCCCUGGCCAAUCGCAUCACCUGCGAGCUGGCCGAGAUCCUCUUCCGCUUCGACUGUCGGCAGGUCUACUCGUUGAUCAACCAGUGCGACGACUGCAAGGAAGCAUAUCGUCGCUGGGUGUGCAGCACGCUGGUGCCAUAUUUUGCCGAGCCAAAGGACGUUGCGCCACUCGGGAAUGAGCAGAGUCGCAAUGCGAAAACCCCGGGCAAAAACAAGCGUUCGGCGUGGAGUGCAACCUGGACUGAGGGAGGGGGAGCUGGUGGAGCUGGAGGAGCUGGAGGAGCUGGAGGAGUGAACGGAAUCAAGCAUAAAUCUCUGAAAUUAAUCAGCAAUAACAAUAAAUCAAAUAACGGCAAUAACAUGAACGAGCGUCAGAUUAAUCAGAAGACUGACAAGAGCUCGACGGCGAAUGGGAACGAGGAAAACGCGAACGCGAUCGCAAACGUGAACGGGGACAAUGACCGCAAUGUGGAGGAUGCGAUUGGCAGGGAACUGGCUCAGACAUUCUAUGAUGUUGUUGGCAUGUCUAAUCCCCACCAGAGCCAGGUGGCGGCGGGAGUGGAGGAUGGAGGCGAGGGGCCGGUUGCCGUGGCCGCGGCUGAGGCUGAAACACAAUCCAAUAAUUUUAUAUCGACUGCCAAUAAUGCGGAUCCCAGAGCCUUGGAUCCAGUGAUAUCAAAACUUCAAAAGAGAUCAACACGCAAGACAGAGUUCCGCAAGCGACGACGCAUCCGGCCCUGCCUGAGCGUCUGCCAAACUGUGGAACAAAAGUGCCCCUAUCUGCUGCCCGCCGACCGCGCCCCUGCGCUGCCCACCCAAUAUGCCGGCGAGCCGACAUUUCUCUGCCUAGAUCAAAAUAUACCCGAAACUGGGGAGCAGCUGAAGAAGUCCAGCUACGGCCCCAACGACUGCUGCUACAGUUACUGCAAUGGAGCCGCGAGCGGAGUGUGCACCGUGUGUCGGGACUUUGCCCCGCCCCUGCCCCGACCGAUGCCCAGCGAUGUGGCAGCAAAUUCCACCCGCCGAGUCCACAACAUAACACUCACGCUAAGCUCUCCCCCCGGCGAGCAUGCCCGGGCCAAGAGCGUGGCUCUGGCCUUGAGGAACGUGACAAAGGAGCGCGACAGCGAGCAGGACGCCAUGGAGUCGCUGAUGGAGCGGCUGCCGUACUAUGCACGCCUCGACAGCAUCUACUACUACGACGAGGACGGAGAGAUGCCCAAGGCGCCGGUGUCCGGAAACUGUGCCCCCGUGCCAGCCGUCACCACUCGCUGCACAUUCCCGUACUAUGCCUCAGGCACAGAGGCCGCGGCACCACCCACGCAGUUGCUCGUCUGGCUGAGUGCGUUGCUCGGCCUUCUCAGCAGCUGUGGGGCGGCCCGCAACCGCUGGAGCUGCAGCUGGAGCUGGAGCGGCGUCUGUGGGCAGCGCGGCCGUGGUCGCCAGUGCGUCAACUGCGAGGCCAGCUGCCACGAGCAGGAGCUAAUCACCAGCACCAGCAGCGGCAACAGCGCUGGAAGUGCCAGUAGUUGCAACAGGAACAGGAGCAGCCAGCAAAGCGUCGAUGGAAAAUGCAUGGAAAAGGCUCCCCAAUCAGAAGCCGAGGCUGAGGCCAACGCUGAGGCUGGAGCUGCUUCCGGGUCGAAUGCUUGGAUGUGGGCGUGGUCGGUGAGACCACUAAAUACUCAUAGGCAAGUGUGUAGCAAAGUACGGUACUUUAGCAGCCGGAGUAAGUUUAAAUGCGAGUCGAGAGGUAUUGGUGGUCGUAUAACCAUGCCUAACUAUAGAGACUUAGAUCCAGUACGAUUACGAGUCAGGAUCAGGAUCAGAAUCAGGUGGAGUUGGAGCUGGCCAGGCGGGGACGGGCGGAGGUGGGGGAUGUCAGCGUCGCAGACGAGGGAGGGGUGCACUAGGACUAUUAACUAUCGCUAUUUCUACUAUUACAACUACAACAUCAACGAUUGGUGGCGGAGAUGGUGGCUCUGGCAGCGGGAGGGGGAGUGGCGGACUGUGGGCAGCGGCCCCUUAUAGUGCCUGCAAAACGAUGGAAAAGGCGAUGGAAAACCAAUGGCUGCCCUGCUCGUACUGCCCUCUCUAUAUAGGAAAAUCUAACGAUAGUUAAACCCGAAAUGAUAAAUAAUACAAGUUGAGAGGUAACAGCAGCUCAUAGAGACCAGCAAAAAACGAGUAAAAAAUUGCGGGAAAAGCGAAUUAAACGAGACGUAAAACCAAAGCAAAGGAAAACCACAUAAAUAUUUAUGGUCCUCUUUCAAGUGAAAUAAAAACCAACAUGAAUUAUAAAUCUCCAUUGAAAACAAAAACA